CUUCAGUUUGACUUGUGAACGUCCAAAAGUCUCAAAUCCUUCACCACAAUGAAAGCCAUCGCUUGUCUAGUGUUUGCCAGUGCUAUCGUUGCCUGUGCCAUGGCCGCCAUCACCGAGGAGCAGCGUGAUGCCGCUCGUCAGCUGGCGGGCAAGUGUAUGCAGCAGACCGGUGCCUCGGAAGAUGACGUGAACCGGCUACGGUCGGGCGACACUGAGAACGCCGAUCGUAACACGCGCUGCUUCGUGCAGUGCUUCUUCCAGGGUGCCGGAUUCGUUGAUCAGGACGGUAACGUGCAGACGGAGGAGCUGACCCAGAAGCUGGCCAGCGAGUACGGUCAGGAGAAGGCCGACGAGUUGGUCGCUCGCUGUCGCAACAAUGCUGGACCGGAUGCUUGCGAGCGUUCGUUCCGUCUGCUGCAGUGCUACAUGGAGAACCGCGCUACGCUGAUGUUCUAAAGGUGAAGUCUUCCGGAAUUGCGACCCCAAACUGACCAUCAAAUCCCACGAAUGUGUCCAAAACCUAUAACUUGCUCUGGAUAACUAUAGAUCUCUCUUCUGAUCUCCCGAAAAAAAAGACAAUCCAAUAAAACGAAAUCUUGCACCAUGAA